GGUCCGCCCUGGUGCUGGCUGCUGCUUGUGGCCUUGGGCAGGCGUGAGUAAAGGGGCCAGGGGCUGCCUGUCCUGCCCGCACCCCGGUGGGGCCUCCCUCCCCCUCCACUGGGUCCAGCCUAGGUUAAUUAUAACUCUGACCUAAGUGCCCUGUGACACCCCGCCCCGGCGGCCCUGACCAGAGACCCAGCAACCAGGUAGGGGAGAGGCCUAGAGCGGAGACUUCCGGUGCGUGGGGGUGUUGGCCUGGGGGUGGGGAGGGGCGUCUUGGGGGAGGAGCCUCAGACCCCUCCCCUGCAGGUGUAAGUCCCUAUUGGUCUGCUAGGCCCUCAGGUUGUCUGGAUGAUUGAAGGGAGAGGGCAGGGAAGCCAGCUGGAGGAGAUAAGGGGCCAGAGCAGGUGCCCAUGGAGACAGGCAAAGCCAGGCCUGCCCUGAAGGCUCUGCUGCUUCCUGCUCUCUCGAGAGCCUUCUGUCCUCCAGGUCCAUGUCUCAGCUAUGCUCCCCGCGGACGUGCCCCUGUGCCACCUGGGCGCCCCAGUGCUGCUGUUGCUGCAGCUACUGCUGCCUCCCGCGUCUGCCUUCUUCCCCAACAUCUGGAGCCUCCUGGCUGCCCCCGGCUCCAUCACCCACCAGGACCUGACCGAGGAGGCGGCCCUCAACGUCACCCUGCAGCUCUUCCUGGAGCAGCCGCCCCCAGGUCGGGCCCCCCUUCGCCUUGAGGACUUCCUGGGCCGCACCCUCCUUGCCGACGACCUCUUUGCCGCCUACUUUGGACCUGGGUAUCCUUCCCGGCGAUACCGAGCAGCCUUGGGAGAGGUGGCUCGUGCCAAUGCCGCCCAGGACUUCCUGCCAACUUCUAGGAAUGACCCUGACCUGCACUUUGAUGCCGAACGGCUGGGCCAGGGGCGCACACGCCUGGUGGGGGCUCUACGGGAGGCUGUGGUGGCGGCCAGAGCCCUUGACCACACCCUGGCUCGCCAGCGCCUCGGGGCUGCGCUUCAUGCCUUGCAGGAUUUCUACAGUCACAGCAACUGGGUGGAACUGGGGAAGCAGCAGCCACACCCUCACCUCCUCUGGCCAAGGCAGGAACUCCGGAGCCUGGCACAAGUGGGCGAUCCUACCUGCUCUGACUGUGAGGAGCUGAGCUGCCCUGGGAAUUUGCUGGGCUUCACACUCCUCACCUCUGGCUACUUUGGAACUCAUCCCUCCAAACCUCCAGGGAAAUGUAGCCAUGGGGGCCAUUUUGACCAGAGCAGCUCCCAGCCACCACGGGGAGGCAUCAACAAGGAUAGCACAUCCCCAGGCUUCUCCCCCCACCACAUGCUGCACCUCCAGGCUGCAAACCUGGCCCUUCUGGCCUCCAUCCAGGCCUUCAGCCUCCUACGAAACCGCCUGGGAGACAGGGGUUUCUCCAGGCUGCUGGACAUCACCCCAGCCUCCAGCCUGAGCUUCGUCCUGGAUACUACAGGCAGCAUGGGUGAGGAGAUCAACGCUGCCAAAAUCCAGGCUCGCCACAUUGUGGAGCAGCGACGGGGCAGCCCCAUGGAGCCCACCCACUACAUCCUGGUGCCUUUCCAUGACCCAGGGUUUGGCCCUGUCUUUAUAACCAGUGACCCUGACACCUUCUGGCAACAACUCAAUGAGAUACAUGCCUUGGGAGGUGGAGAUGAGCCUGAGAUGUGCCUGUCAGCCCUGGAGCUGGCCCUGCUGCACACACCUCCACUCUCAGACAUCUUUGUCUUCACUGAUGCUUCCCCCAAGGAUGCCUUUCUCACCAACCGGGUGGAAUCUCUGACUCAGGAGCGGCGUUGCAGAGUCACAUUCCUGAUAACUGAAGACCCAUCUCGGGUUCAGGGCCGAGCUCGGCGUGAGGUCUUGUCCCCUCUGCGUUUUGAGCCAUAUGAAGCGGUGGCCCUGGCCUCAGGAGGAGAAGUGAUCUUCACCAAAGACCAGUACAUUCGGGAUGUGGCAGCCAUUGUUGGGGACAGCAUAGCUGACCUGGUGACCCUUCCCCUGGAGCCUCCUGUUGUGGUUCCUGAGAGGCCACUUGUGUUCAGUGUGGACAGGCUGCUCCAGAGGGUCACAGUCCGGAUCCACGGGGAGGUCAGCAGCUUCCGGAUCAGAAACCCUGCAGGGGUCUCCCAGGACCAGGAGGAAGGUGAGGGGCCUCUAGGUCACACUCGUCGCUUUGGGCAGUUCUGGCUGGUGAGCAUGAAUGACCCCCUGCAGACAGGAACCUGGGAGAUCCAGGUCACAGCCAAGGGUACCCCCCGGGUGAGAGUGCAAGCCCAGACCUCCCUGGACUUCCUCUUCCACUUUGGGAUCCCCAUGGAGGAUGGACCCCACCCUGGCCUCUACCCCCUGACUCAACCAGUUGCAGGUCUCCAGACCCAGCUGCUGGUGGAAGUGACAGGGCUGGGGUCCAGAGGAAACCCUGGAGAUCCUCUGCCGCAUUUCUCCCACGUCAUCCUUCGAGGGGUCCCACGGGGCGCCGAGCUGGGCCGGGUGCCUUUGGAGCCCAUGGGGCCCCGGAAGCGAGGUCUCCUCGCUGCCACCCUACCCCCUACGCUUCUGUCCACCGCGGGACCCUUCUCUCUGGAGCUGAUUGGCCAGGACGGAGUGGGGCAGGGCCUGCACCGGGCGGCUCCCCAGCCCUCUGCUGUAGUUCCUGUCCUUCUGGAGGUGAGAUGCCUGCGGAAGGUGCGGCUGGGGCUGGAGAAAACAGGCCGUGCUCUUCCCCUGACCGGCCCUCCUCCACAGCUCAGUGGUCCCCCAGGUUUCCUGGCGCCGGGCACCAAGGCCCCGCUCAGCCUCCGCAUUGCCAGCUUCUCGGGCCCUCAGGAUCUUGAUCUUAGGACAUCAGUCAACCCCAGCUUUGCUCUCACCUUCAACCUCUCCAGGGUUCGCCUGGAGCAGAAUGAGUCCGCCUGGGGGCGCCUGUGGCUGGAGGUACCAGACACAGCGGCCUCAAACUCCGUGGUGAUGGUGACUGUGUCUGCAACAACGGAUGGAGAAGCCAGCACAGUGCCCCCGACCCAUGCCUUCCUCCGGCUCCUGGUGCUGGCCCCCACCCCACAGGACCAGCUCCCUGCCCCUGUCCACUCGACUGACCCUGUCCUCACCGCCGGCAGCUCUGCCUUUCAUCUUCCCACUUUGGGGACUCGGAGCAUGGCUGGGGGAGGGCUGGUGGGCAACCCCUGGUGGCGCACAGUUGGAGUGCUGCUGCUGCUGCUAGGCCUGGCCUCCUGGUGACACCACAGCCCCUAGAGGGAUGGGUCUCCAGCACUGUUUGCCAUCUUGCCUCAUUGGUGAGAAUGUAACAUGGGCCUCAGGACCCUACCUCUCCCAGGUGGGAUGGAGGUUUUCUUUCUCAUGCACUUGUCCCUUCUCUUUCCUUCCCAGACUGGGAUACAGGGCAAUGGAUAUUCCCAUAAUGCACUUUCCCUAACCCUUGUGGGAAACAAACCAGGCUCAUUUUUGGAGAAAGUUGCUUUCUAUCUCUCUGUAGCAUCUUUAUUCUACUACUUAUUCAGGCUCCCCCAAGCUCAGGUAGAGGGGAAGAUAUGUGGGGCAGUGACUAGGAUUGGAAGUAGGGAGGAGAGUACCCCACCUCCUACCAAAAAGUAUUAUUUAUAGAAUUCCUUUUAUUGAAAUUCUGGAGACGCCUCUAUUUUAUUUUUGAAAUUCUGGAGAUGCUUCUAUUUUAUUUUUGUAUUUAAAGUUGAAGGACAGUGCCAAUAAACGUCUUCUCCCCAGAGACAUUUAAAAGAUAUCAGUUAUACAUAUCACAUAGGGAAGAGUGAGAGCAUAAGAUACCAAAAAGAUGAAAUGGAAGUUUUCAGGAGCAGAGAAGAAACUUUACACCAAGAUGUUUGGAUUUCAGUUGACCCCCGACCCUAAGCCAUUUAGCUGUUGAGUCAAGAAGCAGAAUAAGGAGACUGGGGGUUCUGACUCAGCCUCAACAGAAAAACUGAGGGGAACCACAUGAGACCUUAGACACGGGUAGGGCCCCUCCGUCCAUUGGGGCAGCCUGGCUGAGCCACCUCCCUCUUUGGCUUAGGGACUCCUUUCUGCUGCCUUGACACCUCCUGGAGAAAAGGAGAGAGACAGCCUGGGCCUCCGUACCCCCCCUCCUACUGAGGCCCAGGGCUCUGCCCUCCCCCCAUUCCUCUGCUGCUUACCUGUUGCUGCCACACGUGCUGCUCCCUUGGCCUUCCCUUCCAGCCCUGGGUGGGGCAGGAACGAGCUUUGUUCAGGGGACGGGGGGAGAACUGGGGGGAAUUUCACCAGUUUGUUAGACCGGUGCUGACCCCAAGUCCCCCCUUUACCCCCACUUCCCAAAAGUCUAAACUAAAAACAAUAAACUCACCUUCCCCUGAAUCAGAUUCUGCAAACAGAUGUUCACCUUUUGAAUCUGGGCUAACUGGGGGCCACCAGGCUCUGAGUGUAAAUCUGUUAGAAAAUUCUAAAGCAGGAGUUGGAGGCAGACAACAUGGUGUAAACUUGAGUUCCAUCUGCCACUCUUCUGUCACCACAAGCCAUUCCUCUCCUCCAUCUGGAUACCCUCAUCCCAGUUCCCUGCCAGGCAGGUUGGAAAUUCCAGUACUCUCCACUCCAUAUCUGUAACAGUUCAGUUCCUCCAUCCCCCUCAAAUAGCAUAGCACCCACUUUCUCCAUUCUUCAUGGAUCCUCCCUGUCCAUCCCUGACUCAUUGGAACAAUCCAGACCACUCUCCCAUCUCCAUGGAGUGAUCCAAAUUGUGUCCCUCUGAGUGGAAUGCAGACCAGCCUCCUCUAGGCCCAACAAUGAACACCAGCCUAAUACUUGGUGGCAUCCUGUCAUUACAAUGCUGCUUCCAAUUCAUGAUCCCUGUCCAUUAACUCUUGCCUUUCCAGGAUGGUGUCAGGCUGUGUCCACAUGUCCCUGCUACCCCUGCCUCCACACACUGUGGGCCAGCCCCGUACCUCACCAAGGGCCCCCAGAUACAGCUGCUGUUGCUGGGCCUCCCUCAGACGGCCCUCAUACCAGGCCUGGCUAUGCUCCAGCAGCUCCAGCCCCUGCCACAGGGCAUCCUGUUCUCGCUCCAGAGCCUGCAUCCUCUGCAGCUGAAAAAGACAAGAAGCAGAGGCUGACUCACUCCACAGCAGGGCUCUGGGCCAUGCACGGCCCUUACUCUUAACCCCUGGUUGGGUUCACUGUCUGGUCACUGAGUGUGAGCCGACUGAAGACCUGGAGGGCAAGGGAAAGCAGGGAACUAGACUUAUGAGUCCUCAAAAUUGAGUGGAACUGCAGGAGACUGAUCUAGGGAGAGGGGCUUCCUUGGGACCUCUUAUGGGACUGAUACUCACCCAGAGGAAGAAGCGCUGGGCCCCUGGGUCUUGGCGGCUUGUCUCCAGUGGCAGCAGCAGAACCGUGUAGGGGGCCUGCACCAGGGGCAGCCCACCAGGACCCCGGCUCCCCAUGGCUCUGAGGUGGGAAGGGUGGAGCCACACCCACUGGUGCAGGGCUGGUCCCUCCCUUU